AUGCCUAUUAGAAACAAAUUAGAAUUCUUAAAUAAUUUCACUGACGAAUUUGAUGUCCUGGCUGUAACAGAAACACAUUUAGAACUUAGUGUAUCUGAAGAUCAAUUAAAACUAGAUUCCUUCAAUAACAUUAUACGGAAAGAUCGAAACAACUUUGGUGGUGGAUUAAUGAUUUAUGUGAAAGAUGAUAUCGGUAUCGUCCGAAAAAGCGAACUAGAAAAUCCAUUUGAUGAAACACUUUGGGUUGAAAUACGAGCCAAAGGUCAAAACUUCCUUCUUUGUCACUCAUAUCGUCCAUCGAAUGCGGACACUGACUUCUGGGCACGAUUAAAUCAUGCAAUAGAAACUGCCUUUCAAUUAAACGAAAAUAUAGUGAUUACUGGUGAUCUAAAUUCUGAUCUCUUUAAUGUCAAUAAUAAUAAACUUAUUGACACUAUGGACUUGUUCAAUCUAAGAAAUGUAAUUGACAAAGCAACAAGAGUUACUGAUAAAAGUAGUACACUCUUAGAUCCCAUAAUGAUAAGUGACUGUAUGUCAUAUUAUCUAUCAGAUGUUUUAGAUAUUCCCUCAAAUAUUAGUGAUCACAAUGCAGCAGUAAUAUUUCUUGAGUGUCCGUCAUCAAUGUCGCGUACUUUCAAAAGAGAAGUGUGGAUAUAUGAUAAGAUGGAUAAAGAUAAUUUUUUGAAAAUAAUGAAUGAAACAGAUUGGCAUGCCAUUCUUCCCGAUGACAAGGAUGUUAAUGAAUUAUGUGAAAUAUUUACUGUAACUUUUCUGAACAUUGCAGGGGAGUGCAUACCUACUAAACAAGUAACUAUACGAAAAAACGACAAACCAUGGUUCAAUACUAGUGAGCUUAGGAGAGAAUUACGCACUAGAGAUCGAUUACGAAAAAAGGCUUUUAAAUCUAAAAAACAAUCUAAUAUUUUGAAGUACAAGCGACAGAGAAAUAGGGUCAAUAAUAUGAAAAAAGUUGCUAAAGAAAAAUUUGAAAGUAAUUUAGACCACAUCAUUCUAAAUAAUGUAUCGAAUACAAAAACUUAUUGGACAAUUAUGAAAAUGUUAAUCAAAUCUAACAAUGGAUCAAAUAACAUCCCCCCACUCCAAAAUAUUAUAAAUACCGAAAAAAUAGACGAAAUAGCAUAUAAAGAUGAAGAAAAAUGUGAGCUUUUGAACAAGUAUUUUAAUUUAAUCUCCAAAUUAAAUGAAGAAAAUAUCAACUUACCACAAUUUGAAACUAAAUCUAACAAUAAAAUUUGUGACAUACAUGUCACUAUUCAAGAAAUUAUAGAUAUGAUUAAUAUUCUUGAUCCAAAUAAAGCCUCGGGACCAGAUGUGAUUAGCCACAGGAUGUUCAAGAUCUGUCCAGAUAAAGUUGCAAUACCUCUUAAAAUUAUAUUCAACAAGUCCCUAAGUCAAUCUGGUGUACCCCAAGGAUCUGUUCUUGGUCCUUUAUUGUUUAUCAUAUAUAUUAACGAUAUUGCUGAACAGUUAACUUCUUUAUGCAGACUAUUUGCAGAUGACACUUCGUUCAGCUACUCGGGUCAUGACGAGGAACUUAUACAGUCAGUUGUUAGUCGUGACCUAAGACAGCUGGAUGAAUGGUCAAUCCUGAAAAAAACCCAGAAAUUAUGA